AUGGCCAAAGUGAGUUUAUUACCUAUUCAUUUCUUACUAAACUUGUUGAUUUUUAGUCCAAAAUUUUCAUUGCCCCAAACCAAAAAUGAUGUGAAAAUUGGAUCAUCACUCAUUGCUGGUGAUGAUCAAACAUCUCAUUGGAUUUCUCCAAACGGAGAUUUUGCAUUUGGAUUCCAACAACUAGGGAAUGAAAAUCAAUUCCUAGUAUCAAUAUGGUACAACAAAAUACCCGAAAAAACAAUAAUAUGGUAUGCAAAUGGUGACAAUCCAUGUCCUAAAGGAUCAAGAAUCGAGCUUCUUGCUGAUCGCGGACUAGUCCUUACUAGUCCACAGCAAGACGAGGCAUCGAUUACUGAUCCUUUGAUUGGUAUAGUUGCUUAUGGUACUAUGAAAGAUACCGGUAAUUUCGUGCUUGCAAACAAAGAUUCUGAUAGUUUAUGGCAAAGUUUCAAUCAAAGUAAAGACACAAUCAUGCCAACUCAAGAAUUUAGAGAAGGAUUCAAGAUUUCAUCUCGUCGAUCUAAGUCAAAUUUUUCGAAGGGGAGAUUCUUGUUAAGGAUGUUUCAAAAUGGGAAUAUUGGAAUUGCUAGUAUGAACUUACCAAGUGAGUAUAUAAAUGAGAAUUUUUUCUUGAUUCGAAGCAUCGAUCAGUUGAAUGCAUUGAAUUAUAAGUUAAAGUUCAAUGAAUCAGGGCAUAUUUUCCUGUUAGUGAAUAACAGCCAAGAGUUUGUUCUUUCACAAGGUGAAAUUGGAUCAUCAGCACGGUUUUAUCAUCGUGCUACGCUCAAUUUUGAUGGCGUAUUUGCUCUGUAUCAACGUCUAAAAGACUCGAAAAAUGAUGUAUGGUCUACUGUUUGGUCAGUUCCUGAUAAUAUAUGUUAUAGUUUGCCUUCAGAGAAAGGUAGUGGUGUUUGUGGAUAUAACAGAAUUUGUAGACUAUGUAUAGAUAAAAGACCAGAUUGUCAAUGCCCGCGAGCGUUUUCACUAGUUGAUCCAGAGGAUGACUACAGAGGUUGCAUACCGGACUAUGUGAAGGAUUGUGGUGACAAUCAAGAAGAUGCGGGAAGUCAGGUUGAGAUGGAAACUAUAACAAACAUCGAUUGGCCUACGAGUGAUUAUGAACUUCUUCAGCCUUUAGAUGAAGAGGAAUGUAAGAAUGCUUGUUUGAAUGAUUGUAUGUGUGCUGUUUCGAUUAUUCGUGAGAAUAGUUGUUGGAAGAAAAAACUACCACUUUCAAAUGGCAGAGUAGAUAACAGAGUGAAUUCGAAAGCAUUUAUCAAACGAAAGAAAGGUAAUUUUCGAGAAAAUACUAAUUCUUUAAAGCCAAAAAACAAGAAUCAAGAAACUAUCAUACUUGUUGUAUCUGUGUUCUUAGGAAGUUCUGUUUUUGUUAACUGUUUACUUCUUGGAGUACUUUCACUCGGGUUUUUACUAGUUUAUCGUAACAAAAGACAAACGUUUGAUCGAAAUGGAAGUUAUAUGGAUCAAACAUUGAGGUACUUUUCUUACAAAGAUCUAUCAAAAGCCACGGAGGGGUUCAAGGAAGAACGUGGACGAGGGGCAUUUGGGAUUGUCUACAAAGGUGUAGUUGAUAUUGGUAAUCCUAUCGCGGUGGCUGUCAAGAAAUUGGAUCGGAUAGUACAAGACGGGGAUAAGGAAUUCAAGACUGAAGUUAAUGUGAUAGGACAAACUCAUCACAAGAAUUUAGUCCGUUUAAUCGGAUUUUGUGAUGAAGGUCCUCAUAGAUUGCUUGUCUAUGAGUUCUUGAACAAUGGUUCAUUAGCAAGUUUCCUUUUUGGUGAUCUAAAAUUGACAUGGAACCAAAGGACUCAAGUGGCACUUGGGAUAGCAAGAGGGCUAUUGUAUUUGCACGAUGAGUGUAUCACACAAAUCAUUCAUUGUGACAUCAAACCUCAGAACAUACUUCUUGAUGAUCAAUUUGAGCCAAGGAUAUCGGAUUUUGGACUAGCAAAGUUGUUGAGGAUGGAUCAAUCCGAGACUCAAACAGCGAUAAGAGGGACAAAAGGAUACGUUGCUCCUGAAUGGUUUCGAAACAUGCCAAUCACAUUGAAAGUAGAUGUGUAUAGCUUUGGUGUUUUACUCCUUGAAAUCAUUUGUUGUAGGAGAAAUGUGGACUAUGAAGUUGGUGAAGACAAGGCAAUUUUGACUUAUUGGGCUUAUGAUUGUUACCAAGAAGGCACAAUUUAUGAGCUUAUUGAAAAUGAUUUAGAUGCAAUGAGUGAUAGAAAAAAAUUAGAAAAAUUUAUAAUGGUUGCUAUUUGGUGUAUUCAAGAAGAUCCUUCAUUGAGACCUACAAUGAAAAAAGUUGUCUUAAUGCUUGAAGAAAUUGUUGAAGUUCCUAAUCCUCCAUGCCCAAAUCCUUAUAGGAGUGAACAUUCUCUUGUAGACGCGGUAUAAUAG